CACAUGACUUGAAUCGUGUCCUGACGUCAUCGCCCUCCACGGAAGUCGGCGCCAGCAGAGAUGGUGGCGGCCUCGUCAGCCUAGCAGCAGGAAGAGGAUGUUUGCUUCCAGUGAAAGGAUAAUAUCACCUGAUCGUACGCUGGUAUAACUAAAGGAAAACGACCGAGAGUUGUUCCCACCGAGACUGCUGGGGUUUUUUUUCACACGGCGCAUUCCUUCACCCGGAGCCGGCCUCUGUGACUCCGAAGCAGGGCGCUGGAUAAAAAAUGUCCCUCUUCCAGUCGGCACUGGAUUUCCUAGCCGGGCCCGGCUCGUCCGGGGCGGCCAGCCGGGACCAGAAUGACUUCGUCGGACAGAUCGUUGAGCUCGGCGACAUGAAACUGAGGAUCAAGAGGGUGAUCGCGGAAGGUGGAUUUGCCUUUGUGUACGAAGCCCAGGACAUGAGCGGUGGUAAAGACUAUGCCCUCAAGAGGCUGCUGUCCAACGAGGAAGAGAAGAACAAGGAAAUCAUACAGGAAGUCUGCUUCAUGAAAAAGCUGUCUGGUCACCCCAACAUGGUUCAGUUCUGCUCCGCUGCUUCCAUCAGUAAGGAGGAGUCGGACACCGGACAGGCCGAGUUCCUGAUCCUCACAGAGUUGUGUAAAGGUCAGCUGGUGGACUUCAUAAAGCGGGUAGAACAGAGGGCUCCCCUGUCAUGUGACACUGUGCUGAAAAUCCUGUACCAGACGUGCCGCGCCGUGCAGCACAUGCACAAACAGAAACCUCCGAUCAUACACAGAGACCUCAAGAUUGAGAACCUCUUGAUUAGUAACCAGGGCACCAUCAAGCUGUGUGACUUUGGCAGCGCCACCACAGUGUCACAUUACCCCGACUACAGCUGGUCAGCACAGAAAAGGUCCAUGGUGGAGGAUGAGAUCACAAGGAACACCACUCCUGCAUACCGAACACCGGAGAUGAUCGAUCUCUAUUCCAACUUCCCCAUCAAUGAGAAACAGGACAUUUGGGCCCUAGGAUGCAUCCUCUACCUGUUGUGUUUUAAGCAGCACCCAUUCGAAGAGGGGGCCAAGCUGCAGAUCGUCAACGGAAAAUACUCCAUCCCUCAGAACGAUGUCAAGUACACCGUGUAUCAUGACCUCAUACGUUCCAUGUUGAAGGUGAACCCAGAGGAGCGUCUGUCCAUUACAGAGUUGGUCAACCAGCUCCAGGAGAUAGCAGCAGCACGCAAUGUCAACUCCAAAUCUCCCAUUACAGAGCUGUUGGAGCAAAACGGAGGAUUUGGCAACAAUGGAGCUCAGCCGCCCAUGCAGAUCCACAACGUCCACAACAAUGCAGGCAUGUACGAUCCUGAUCAGUCGGGCAGUGGCCUCUUUGAUAUCUUAAAAGGAGGAACAGAACGGUUCCUGACCAACAUAAAGGACACUUCCUCUAAGGUCAUCCAGUCAGUAGCCAGCAACCCAAGCUAUGCCAAAGGGGACCUGGAUAUUUCAUACAUCACCUCCAGAAUAGCAGUCAUGUCCUUCCCAGCAGAGGGGGUGGAAUCGGCGAUAAAGAACAACAUCGAGGACGUCCGUCUGUUCCUGGAUUCACGUCACGCUGGUCACUAUGCUGUCUACAACCUCUCAAAACGAUCAUACAGGCCUUCUCGAUUCCAUAACAGGGUCUCAGAGUGUAACUGGCAGGUACGCCGUGCCCCCAACCUCCGCAGUCUCUACAGUGUGUGUAAAAACAUGCAUCUCUGGCUCAAACAAGACCAGAGGAACAUCUGUAUAGUGCACUGCCUGGAUGGCAGAGCAGCAUCAGCGGUGGCGGUGUGCUCCUUCCUGUGUUUCUGUCGCCUUUUUACAACAGCUGAAGCUGCUGUCUACAUGUUUUCAAUGAAACGUUGCCCCCCUGGCAUAGCGCCCUCACACAAGAGAUAUAUAGAGUAUAUGUGUGACAUGAUGGCAGAGGAGCCCAUUAUCCCCCACAGCAAGCCCAUAAUAAUUCGCUCCAUCAUCAUGACACCCGUGCCGCUGUUCAACAAGCAGCGUAAUGGGUGCAGACCGUUCUGCGAGGUUUAUGUUGGAGACGAGAGAGUCCUGACGACAUCACAGGAGUACGACAAGAUGAAAGAUUUUAAGAUGGAGGAUGGGAGAGCAGAGAUUCCCCUCAAUGUGACAGUCCAAGGAGAUGUACUGGUGGUGAUAUAUCAUGCAAGAUCAACACUGGGAGGACGUCUACAGGCCAAGAUGGCAUCCAUGAAGAUGUUUCAGAUCCAGUUCCACACAGGUUUUGUCCCCAGAAAUGCGACCACUGUCAAGUUUGCCAAGUAUGACUUGGAUGCUUGUGACAUCCAGGAGAAGUACCCAGACUUGUUCCAGGUCAACUUGGACAUCGAGGUGGAACCCAGGGACAGACCCAGCACCAAGACACCUCCUUGGGAGGGCUUCCAAACCAAGGGCCUCAACCCCAAAAUCCUUUUCUCCUCCCGUGAUGAACAGCAGGAGAUUCUCAGCAAAUUUGGUAAGCCUGAGCUGCCUCGUCAGCCAGGUUCCUCAGCCUUUUAUGACUCUGAGUCGCCCCAGCCAGCUCAGACUCCAGAAGGCUCAAACGCAACAGAAGCAGAAUCUCCUGUGAGCACCGAUAGCAAUGCCAACAACUUCUUCCAGACACUGGAUUGGGAAGAUGUGCGUGGCACUCCGAAUGCUUCAGGCAGUCAAGGAGGGGGGUCCAUGAAUGACCAGGAGGACUUGAGUGAUCAAUCAGAAGGAGAGUCCUACUCUUAUUCUGCUCCCAGUGGGGAGCCUCUGUCACGUGACACCAGCGAACCACUGUUUGAUGCCGACUUCCAGAGCUCCACUCCUGCAGCCCAGGAAUCUCCAACCGGUGACACAGCUGACCUCUUGGGGUUGAACUCUGACCCUCAAGCUUCAGCCAUGUCUUCAACCUCGUCUUCUGCUCCUAAUCAAGUGGUCCAGGGAGAAAUGAAAGCUGCAUCCAGCAACAGUGACCUCCUCAAUGACCUGUUUGCACCCCCUGCUGCUCAGACAGGAGCAGUGCAGGAAGACUUGUUCUUCAGCGGGCAGCCCAGUGGGGCGACACCAGACGCAAAACCCAUGGGCGACCUGUUUGAUCCAUUUGGGAUUGGGACUGGCUCUGGUGUUGGCUCCAGUGUGGGUUCGUCUCGGCAGGCCUCUGGACCGGACCUGUUUGGAGACUUACUGGGUUCUGAUAGUUCGGCCACCAGCGGGUUCAGUUCAGCUCACAGUAACCCUGCUCCUGCUUCCAACACAAGCCUUUUUAACCUCAACAAGCUAGUGAACGAUACCCCUAAGAUGACAUCAUCAGCCAGCCAACCAGACCUGCUAGGUGGGUGGGACAGCUGGGCAGCUGGCAACACCACUAGCAUGAACGCCACCACCAGCAAACCCAACUAUACCAACACGGCUUCUGGUGUGUCAUCUAUGUCCAAGGCCAAGUCUCAGACCUUUGAUCCUUUUGCUGACCUAGGAAACCUGGCAUCCAAUUUACCAGGUUCAUCUGCACCUUCGUUUAGCACAAAGGCUCCUUCCUCCUCUGCUAAGCCUCAAGCUCAGCCCUGGCAAUCUGGAAGACCCACCUCAGCCCAGAGCAAACCUUGGAUGGCCCCAUCAGGAUCUGGGUCCGCACCCAAAGCAUCUUCAGCAUCUCAGCCUGCAAGCGCACAGUCCACCAAACCCAACUACAACCUCAACUUCUCCAGUGUCAUUGGUGGGAGAGAGGAGAGAGGAGUUCGUGGGCCUGGAUUUGGCCCCAAGCCAAAGGUAAAGGAGGAUGACUUUGAGGACCUGCUGUCGACUCAGGGUUUUGCCUCCAGGCCUGAUAGGAAGGGACCAAGGACCAUUGCUGAAAUGAGGAGACAGGAGAUCACAAAAGACAUCGAUCCGCUAAAACUACAGAUCUUGGACUGGAUUGAAGGGAAGGAGCGAAACAUCCGAGCACUGUUGUCAACUCUGAAUACUGUGCUGUGGGAGGGUGAAACCCGCUGGAAAGCUGUAGGCAUGGCCGACCUGGUGACACCUGACCAGGUGAAGAAGUACUACAGGAAGGCUGUGCUGAUUGUCCAUCCAGAUAAGGCAACAGGCAAGCCUUAUGAACAAUACGCUAAGAUGAUCUUCAUGGAACUGAACGACGCCUGGUCAGAGUUCGAGAACCAGGGAUCCAAAGCACUCUUCUAAAAGUCUGGUCAGGAUCCCAGCUAGACCAGACCAGACAUGACUGGACUGGAUUUGGCCUAACCAAACAAGGGUUAGACUGGGCCAGAUUGGACAGGACUGAGCCCACAUUGGGCCUUAGGGGGCACAGAGCCUCUGAGAGGUGUCCUCUCUACCAUUCCCUUCACUCCCUUCUUCCUUCUUUACUUUCUUCUGUUUCUACGGUCAAAGAAAAAGACAGUUCGCCUCAUGUCUGGCUGUGAUGAAAAUUUCCUCACUGGUUCAUAAAGAACCGGUUAAAUAAACAUUGUGAUUAAAUAAACAUUAGUUCUUAAAACUCACUGCCUACCUGUACGACUGCCUGAGUGGUGCUGCAAACAUCAGGAGGGAGGAAUGGGUGACAAUCACAUGAAGAAGAGAAAACGGAAAAGAAAUCGGAUAAUACAAAGACAUUUCAAAUUACCGAGCUGAUUAUCAUGACAAAAAUAUAAAAUGACCCUACUCUAAUGAAAUGCUGGUAAAUUUUGUGCUGUGGCUGGUAAGUUUGUCAUUUGCGCCUGGCACUUUUGCAAACAGCAAUUAGUCAUUUAGCUGACUGGAAAAAAAAAAAAUGAAUAUGGCUUUACGAUUUCAGCAUGCCAGCCAAUAUGGACAUUUACAAAACAUCAUUUAAAUGUUACGUUUUUAAGCUUAGUUGCCUCAAAAAAUAAAAAAAUAAAUUGCUGAUGAGUCACAUACCAAUGAACAAGAAAACAACUCUAAUGCAGAAGCAGGAUUUAAACCUCCCCAAGAUUUUUGAGGUAGAUCUGUUGAUAAAACUUUCGGGUACAACACUUGGUUGGGUUUGCUCUUGAGCCAUUUCCUUUCCAGAAGACUAUUGCCUGCUGAACACUACUAGUGCUGCUUCUACCAUCACAGUUACUGCUAUAUACACUCCUCAGAUCGAUGUUGAAAUCCUGCAUCCUGAACUUCUGACAAAGAAGCUGAACUUGUUUUUGGAGCCCCAUAUAAAUACAAGCGGGCAGUCUGUUGUUUUUUUGAAGUGCUCUUUUUAAUUCCACCCACUCAGGCUAUACUGUGUAGCUAACUGCAUGCUCUCCCACACCAAACCUCAAAACAACAGGGCGGAGGGGAAGGGGUUGGGGGUGGGUGGGGGUGGGUAAGGUGUGUUUUUAUUACAAACCAGGGUAGUCCAAGCGGGCGGCAGGGGGGGGGCUCUUUUGUUGAAGUGCUCUUUUUCUUGUAGCAGAAACAGAAAGAGUCUACCUGCCUGAUUGCACUGAGUUGGCAGAUUACAUGCCUUCCCGGGCGCUCACACUGCUGAUUGCUUUUGAGCAUCUCCAUCAUCAUCAUCAUCAUCGUCGUCGUCAUUAUUAACCCCUCUCUUUGUCUCUGUAAGCCCCACCCACCCCCCAGUGCCCUGGUUUAGUGGAAAUCCACUUUUCCAUCAGUGCAUAGGAGGAGAUCAAAAAGUGAAGGAAUGAAAAGAGAAUAUGGUGUUUUAUUCGGCUUGCUCUUGGUUGUACUCUCUUUUUCUCUCUUUUUUUUUGGGGGGGGGGUUCAUUCUGAGCUUUUGUCAGUCAUCACUUAAGUGUAAAUAUAGAAAUGUUAUCAUUCAUCAAGUGGCUUUGUUAACAUGGGCAGAUUGAUUUGUUACUAAGCUUCAUGCUUGACCGCGUGAUUGGUAGUGUGGGUGUAUGUGUGUGCAAGUCAGUGUCUGUGUGUGUGUGUUUCUUUCUGAGGGACUUCAUGCUUUUCGUCUGCAAUCCUGAUUUUUUUCUUUCUUAAUUUAAUUUUUCCAGCCUUGCACACACUGUUUCUGUUUUUGUGUUCUUGUCUUUUCAAAAAUAUUUCCAAGUUUUUUUUUGUUUUUGUUUUUUGCUCUUUUUAUUUCACAUUUUACCUCAUGGACCAAUCAAAUCACCUGUUUUCUUAUUUAUUAUUAUGUUUUUGAGGGAGGACUUUGGGUUCUAAUGACAUGUAUUCAUGCAUAUUAAUGGCACAAGAUGAAAAAUUUCAGAUAAUAUAUAAGUGAAAUGUGCUGAGUGCAAGUUGGACAGUUGUUGGAUGAUCACAGUGAGUCUCUUUGUUGCUGUUUUCAUUCCAAAGCAUCUUAUUGUUAUAAUACGAAUGUGCUUUUACAAAUAUAUAUCCUCUCUGUUGUUAAGCGUAUGUGUUUAUCAUUUGUCUGUUUAAUCUGUUCUUUUGUUGUUACUUUUGUUUCUUUUGUUCCCUCUUAAGGCAGAACCGAAGUUGUUGCUUCCGUUUUGCAUUUUGACAUUUUGUUGAAAUUCCAACACGAGGGGCCAGUAAACCUAUGUAAGAAAAAAAAUAAAAAAAAUAAAAACUGAUGCUUGAAAUUUAGUUUGAAACUCUCUUUGACAGUAUGAUUAUAGUAUAAAGACGGAGGAUUGCAAAACCACACAUCGACAGUGUUUACUGUACCAAAUUACAUCAUACUAAUAUGAAUGUAGAUUUCAGUGCAAAGACAAAUAAUUAAAAAAAAAGCUUUUGAA